AUGCACCUGGAGGGCCACCCCGAGCGCGGCGCAGAGCGCAUGGCGCAGGCGCGCGGCGCCCUCGCCUCCCUCGCGCGCCACCAAGCCGCCCAGGGGCUGCCCCCCGAGGCCUGCAGCGUGGUGGUGUGCGGCGAUUUUAAUGAGGGCCCCGGUAGCGGCGUCGCGCAGCUGCUGCGGCAGGGCUGGGCGGCGGCGGCCGCGCCCGGCGGCGGCGCGGGCGCAAACGUGAACGGCGGGGGCGGGGCGGCGGCGGCGCUGCUGGCGGACGAGCCGGGGGAGGCGACACAGCCCUACUUGCUGCAGGACGCUUACGCCUCGCACCCCCUGCCCUACACCCGGCGGGUGCCGUCCCUGGCGAGCAGCAUCGACCAGCUGUGGGUGUCGGCGCACGCGGCGGUGACGCACGUGCUGCACGCGCAGGAUGAGAAGGCGGACGCGGCCGGCAUGCCCAACGAGCGGCAGCCGUCCGACCACCUGCCCCUUGGCGCCAUCAUCACGCUGCCUGCCGCCGCGGGGGCGUGA